AUGACUGCUAUGGCUCUGUUGGAGAUUUGGAUAUUUUCCGAGUUAGUGAACAAGGCUAGAGUGGUCGAGGAUUGUGCUAAGAAGGUGGCGUUGGCAAGAGAACUAGAAGAGGUGGUUGCUUUAUUUGCGGAUUACCGGGUCACCUGGCAAGGGAUUGCACUCGUAGGAGGAAUCCGAAUAUGGUGUGACACUGGAGCUUCACAAUCAUUCAUUGCAUUUGAUGAGGCUGUUGAACUAGGAUUGAGAAUUUCAGACUUAGCUUUCGAUUUACACGUACAUACCCCGUCUUUAACUGUUGUGACUAGAUUAGGUUGUAGGAAAAUACCUUUCAAGAUUGAGGAUAGAUCUUUUGUGCAUGACUUAAUAUGGUUGCUGAUGAGAGAAAGAGGAGCAAUUGUAGCUAAGGGUUAUUACCUGAACUCUGUAAUGGUGAACUGUAGUAGCGAAGAGUGUCAGUGUUAUAUGCUAUUAGCUGCGAAUGUGUCGGGUGAUGAGCAGAGGUUGGAUCAAAUUUUUGUAGUUAGAAAAUUUCCCGAAGUGUUUCCUGAAGAUAUUCCCGAAUUUCCACCUCAAAGGGAAAUUGAAUUUGUGGUAGACUUGGUGUCGGGAGCCGAACCAGUGUCAAUUGCAUUGUACAAAAUGAAUCUGAUAGAGCUGGCUGAACUUAAGAUUCAGUUGGAUGAGUGA